CAAAACAAAAACAAAGGCAGAGAGAUAACAUGAAAAGAAGAAGAAACAAACUUACAAUUUACAAAGCAACAAGCAAAGAAGAAGAAGAGAAAUUAUAAUUAGGAGAAUGACUCAACUUCUUCUCCUCCACCAGCUUCCCUGCUUCCAUUUACCAUCAUCAAAGUUUAUUCCUUUUGGAAGAUCAACGGUUGGAAUUUGCACCCACAGGAGAACAUUCCGUGUAGGUGAGCCACAGAGAAUAAAAACCAUAAAGUGUAUGGCAAAUCCAAGGAGAGUAGCAAUGGUGGCUAAACAGAUAAGGAGAGAACUUUCUGAUAUGUUGCUGACCGACAAAAACUUGCAGUAUGCCGUCCUGCCCGAAGCUGCCCUUGGUGCUGACCGUUAUCUCUCUUCUGUUACUACCAUUAGCGAUGUUGAAGUUUCCACUGAUUUGCAGGUCGUCAAAGUUUAUGUGUCAAUUUUUGGUGAUGAAAGAGGACGAGAAGUAGCCCUUUCUGGCCUAAAAUCAAAGGCGAAAUAUGUCCGUGGUCAACUUGGAAGACGCAUGAAGUUGAGGUUAACUCCUGAAAUUCGGUUUAUCGAAGAUGAAUCUCUAGAACGAGGAAGCAGGGUUAUUGCGAUAUUGGAUAAGUUAAAGAAUGAGAAUGACAAAAAGGAUGGCCAAAGUUUUGAUGAAGAGGAAGAAUCAUCCGACAUGCCUGCUGAUGAUGACAACUGGGGGGAGGAAGACAAUGAUGAAAACGUUAUCUAUGUCAGAUAGAAGUUUCAUAAGAUAUGGUGAUGCUUCAACUUUGCUUCAUUGCCACCUCAGGGUCACAAUGAUAGUUAACACCGUAGUUGGCUUCCCAUUUACGUCUCAUAGUCAUGGAGUCAUGGGUGAGAUUUCCUGCACGAGUUGGUGGCCAGAGUUAGUGUAGUUAGCGAGAAGUUGGUUUAGAGCAACUACAUGUAAUAUUAGAGUUGGUUGAAAGGUAUGGCACUGGUUUUCUGACAUCAGGCAACUGAAAUUCCCACUGUACAUAGAGCCCAUUCAUGAGUCAGGUGAAAUAUGGAUGUAUGAUGCCCACUGAUUUUGGCUUAUAGUUUCUUCUGUCAAGCCUAAUACACAUUUUGAAUGUGCAAUAUCACUUCAGUCUUCACCCUUUGUUCUUUGA